AUGAAUCGACAGGAAGAUAGAGAUGCAUAUACACAACUAGGAAGAUCUCUUAAUGAACGUCAUAUAGAUCAACUAUCUACUCAACUAUCAGUAUUCCAAUCAGCUGUAAUCAACUUUGCUAAUGAACAUGGAGAUGAAAUUAAACUGAAUGGAGAAUUUAGAAAUAAAUUUGCCCAAAUUUCACAACUGAUUGGUAUUGAUCCUUUAGAAUUGUUAUUAUAUACAUCGAAGAAUAAACGAGAGAAUUUUUAUGUUGGUCUUGUAGUUAGAAUUAUUGAAAUUUGUCAACUGACUCGUGAUUUAAAUGGUGGUUUAAUCUCUCUAAAGGAACUAAUAUCAAUUGUUAAAGAUACUCAUACUGUCCAUAUAGAUAUAAAUCAAAAUGAUAUUGAACAAUCAUUGUCAAUGUUAAACACUUUGGGUAAUGGAUAUGAAAUCUUAACUAUAAAUGAUAAGAAAUGGUUAAAAUAUACAUCAGCAAUUGGUGAUAAUUUAUCAAUUGAUCAAAAGAAGGUUUAUGAAUUAUGCGGAUUUAUGGGUGGUUAUGUUACGAUAUCUAAUAAUUCUCUAUUAAUACCAACCCUAUUUUAA